UAGCGGGCGGACGUGUCCGCUAACGAGUGCCAAAUAAAUAUACAUAAUAUUGAUAUAAACAUUAAACUUUAAAAUAACUGUUUAACAGUAUUUGAACACAGUGACGUUCUUGCAUACUUAUCGUGCUACUUGUGCCAUUGAUUCUGUGUACACGGGAUUGUGCAGCGUAUGAUGACUUAGUUAUUAAAUAUGGAAGAAGAGUCAGUCAUUCUUGCUGACGCUCAGACUUCGACGUCGUCUGAAGUGCGAGUCGAAGAUAAUUCUACAAAUACUGACAUUAAAAUAGAGACUGAAAACAGUAAUAAUGUAACUAAAAAUGAAAGUGGCAUUAUUGUUGAAGUAUACGAGGACAAGGAAACCGGGUCUGUUUCCAAAGAAAAUUCUUUCAUUGAAAAUGGUUUGUGUGAAGCAACUGAUGAUGCACGAUCAUUAGGCGACUUAGAUAGUUUGCCAGCGGGGGAUGAGCUAGCACUGGGCGCUGCAGGCAGCGAUAGUGGUGUGGAAGGGUGCGGUCGUGCUCUGAGUAGCGGCGGGGGAUCGCGGUCGUGUGCUUCUAGCGUAGUAUCCUGCGGGUCAGGAUGUGGGUCGGAGAGUUCGUCGAUAGCGGGCGCCCCGCCUCGACCCAGAAGACGUGUAAAUGUCACAGUCACUGAACCAAAGAGGAGUUCACCAAUCGGUACGUCAACACCGCGACCCACUACAGCACCAAGAGGACCAAACUUAGCUACCCGUGAACGAGCGAGAAGUAGAGAGAAACCGAUUCCUCCAGAGAAACCCCGGCCCCUCACUCCAAAGCCAAAAAUAAGGCCAACCGCCGAUCUUCCUAAUCUAGUUCGGGAGAGCCCCGCUUUACGUGCCAAACCUACAAAGACUUCUACGGCUAGGUGUCGUACGCCAAAUUCACCGAGUGAAGAAAAGAAAUGGCCAACCAAUGGGCCGAGGUUAUCUACAGUUGCAGAUGUAAGUGCAACUCGAGUGGCUGCCGACAAAUAUGGAACGCUCCCAAGAAGACGGCGAGAAAAUGAUCAAGAAGGCUCACCAAAACAUGAUAGUACGCCUCCAACGUCCCGCAGGCCCACUGUCACUCGAUCGGUUUCUUCGAGAUCAACGGUGAAGACGCGGGUGCGCAUUUAUGCUGAAAAGAUUUGUCAAACUGUUCUACUCGGAACUGAUAUUGAAUCAGCUUUAGCAGGAGUAGUUCCCAAUAUAGAAAGCAGGAUAGAAGUGUCUCGCUGUCACCGCGGUGUUCAAGCAAGCGCUCGAGACACAGAGACAACCAAACUAGUGGCGGCCAAAGCAGCAGCUGAAGCCGCAGCGACCGAGGAACGUGAGAGGAGGUUACACGCUGAAGCGCAGUUAGCCGCCGAACGCACAGCCAGGCUCGCUGCUAUCGCUGAACUGGAGAGAAACUCGCAGCGGCUUUUAGAGUUGGCUGGGGCAGGGGCUGGUGCCGGUGCGGAAGGUUGUCUCCGAGCACUAGAGGAACAGCUUCGUUCCGCAGAAGAGCUGGCCACUCGGCAGCGCACAGAGAUAGACGUGCUCCGGGAUCACUGCGACAAACUGCAUGCGGAAGCGUGUUCAGCCCGUGAACGGGCCCGUGUACUAGAAGCGCGUCUCAGCGAGGCGGAACGAGAGGCGGCUGAGAUGCAAGACUUCCUCGCCGCUGAGACGGGCGCGCUGGGAGACUCGCUGAGAGAUGCUGAGACUGAGAUAGCGAGGCUCAAUGCUGAUCUGGAAAGAAGACGCGGCGAGUGUCGUCAACUAGUCCGUAUGUGCGAGCAGCGUCGACAAGAAGCGCUCGCAGCGGCCGCACGAGCCCGCUUCGCGCCGGGCCCCGCGCACGCGCACGCCGCGCCCCACGCGCACGCGCACGCGCACGCCGCACCGCACGCGCACUUGCACGCGCUGGACGCGUUAGCACGCAAGCUGCGUACGCUCACGGACGCUGUACGUGCUGCGUACGCGCUGCCGCCGCAAGCGAUACAGCAGACCGUGUUCCAUAAUGAGGCUUAUAGCCGCAGUGACAGCGGCGAGGCACUAUCACCAGAAGACGAAGCCCGCAGCGGGCUACUUGGCGCCGUGCUACGUGCUCUCCGCACAGCCAGCGCGCCCAUAAUACCCACGCCCACGCACGCCCAUGCGCCCACACACGCCCAUGCGCCCACACAUGCGCACGUGAACACGUCCGCACAUGCGCAUGCGCAUACAGAUGAUGAGCAUGAUCGCUCGCGUGCGUCUGAUGAUAAUGACAACUCCGCGGACCUGCUGGACUCGGAGACGGAGCCGUGUCUCGUUACUGAUCCUGAAUGUGCAGAAGAAUGGUGGUCAGGUGCGUGGAGCGGGGAAGAGUUGUCUCCCGAAAGGGAUUCCUUUGGAGAUAUUGAUAAAGACCCCGAGUCCGGUUCGGGUUCGGAGCGCGAAUCCCUCCGCACUCUGUCGGCGGCCAUCGCGUGGCGGCAGCGCUCCGAAGCAGAGGCGGCUGAAGCAGAGGAGGCGCGCGGCUCGCUGCUCGACCGCGUGCUGCAGCUCGACCUGCGCCUCGCCGAGCUGCUGCGCGCGCUGGCUGCUGCUGCUGCGGCCGCGCGCGCUGCUCGACCGCCCGACGCGACUGGAGCAGCGCUCGCCGACACGCUCAGGGAAAGGCUGGAUGUAACAGAGAAAAACGUAGCGGACGUGGUUGUGAAGAAAUUGGCCGAACUCGACGCAAGUAAGAACAUGAUGGAGCAGUACCGUCAGAAUAUUGAAACUCUCAGAAAUCAACUAAUCCAGCCAAGUGAAGACGACGACGUUGAAUUAAUUGAGCAGGAGCUAUCAACGUGCGACGAGCGCGAGCGACGCGCCCGGUACGAAGCGGUAGAAACUGCCAUAUCUACACUCUCGUCCAUCUCCACAUGGCCUCGCCUCGCGCCAUUACAACUCCGCUUAGAACGCCUCGCCUUCGCGCUCGCCUCGCCGCCGCGACCGCACACACACACGCAUAUACACAUGCACACGCAGACGCACGCACACACCGCCACCUCGCCCAUAACCCCACACACACAUGCACACAGCCAUACACACACGCACGCACACGCAGCAACGUCGCCGAUCGCGCCGCACCCCGCGCCCGCUGCGUGCACGUGAACCAUAGAUAAUAGUAUAGAGUAGACAAUGGUUUGGAACCAUAAACUAUAUAGAGUAUAGACAGAUUAUGCAAUCUUUCGGUAAAUCUGUGAAACCAUAGACUGUAGAGUAUAGAUAGAUUGUAAAAUAUUUCGAUUGUGCCGCGUCUACACAGGUUUUAAAAUAAUACUGGCACGAUAAAAUGUUGUGUCGCGUCUACGGUAUAUUCAAAUUUUUUGUUUCAACUUUAAAAUAAUAAAAUAAAAUAUUAAUUAUGUA